GUCAGAAUCACGUGAUUCCAAAUGGCGGCGCUGGCGUCCUUGAUGCUGAAAUCCAGAGCUUGCGCUCUAUUUUCAAUUCAAACACCCACAGUUGUAUUGUCGAGAUUUGCCUCAAAGAAGUCCGGAGGAAGCAGCAAAAACCUGGGAGGGAAGAGUGCUGGCCGAAGAUAUGGUUUCAAGAAACAAGAUGGGAACUUUGUGCAUGCUGGCAACAUCCUAGCAACACAACGGAAAGGUUUAAUGCGCUGGCAUCCUGGAGCCCAUGUCGGUAUUGGAACCAACAAAACACUUUAUGCCCUAGAAGACGGUAUUGUCAGGUUCACCAAGGAGGUGUACAUUCCUCCACCACGAAGUGCUGAAGCCCGGGACGUGAUCCCAAAACUUCCCAAGGGUGCAGUUCUCUACAAGUCCUUUAUCAAUAUCACCCCAACAAAACAGGAGACUACAUUUAAACUAGUGGACAUAGUGUGAGGAAGUCUUUGCCAUCUUACCACAUUUUGGUCUGGAUUCUUUUACUGGUAACCAAACUCUGGAAUAUUUUUUUGCUGUCUUUUGAUAUGUGUAUAAAAAUAUAGCAGUGGCCUGCCACACCUACUUCAUCAGUGGGAUAUUGAAUUUCUUUCUAUUUGUACAGAUAUGUGUUUAAAUGUGCUACUCAAAUAAAAGUUUUUAC